UAUGAUCGAUCAAAGUAUCAGGCUUUCCAAGCUCUAUCAGAUUACUUUACGAUAAGUCUAUCUUGAGAGUGAGUGUUUGAAUUCGAUGCAAAUUGCUAGCUGAAUAAACUAUGACAUAAAAACUUUCAUUCGAAAUUUAGAGUCUCCUUCCUUGCACUGCUGGGAUGGAGCGCACUCGUUCAUGUCCCGGAAGCGAUGGAGGGGCUCUCCAAAUCCUAUCGUAAUUUUUCAGUUCGCCAAGCUACAUUCCCGGUUUGUGGACAAUUUUGUAGAAAACUUUCGGAUUUUCUUUAUGGCUGUUGUUUAGUUUAGCCACAGGAAUGGUGGGGAAGGUAUUACUACUGUGGAGCUGGAAGUAUGCGGACUGUCAGCUUGGCAUACCUUUCACAGUCAGGGGGUAUUUGAUGGAACUUGGAAAUAGCUAAAAGUUCUAUCGCUCUUGUGCAGGAUUUGUCACUACUGCGAAGCCAAUUGUGCUGCUGCGUUCCUGCGAUUUCAUUCUACCAGGUAAUUUUCAUUGUAAAACUCUCAUAUCCAGGUGCUGGUCAUCAUACAAUGAGCUUCUUUUUGCAGUGCUCUCAAGCAAAAGUUUUUUCAUAUCCCGUGACACUCAAGAGCACUCUCUAGAUUUAUUUUUUUGGGAGCACUGCUUGUUAGUAAUUUCGCCUGGGGCACAGUCGGGACCUCUUUGAAUUGCUAAACAACGACCAAAAUUUGUGUAUCAGAUCUUCAUCAAAGCCGAGUUCUCUCAAAUCAGAAGCUUAUUCAAAAAUGUCUCAAUGUCAGUAGGCUGGAUUUUCCUAUUGCUGUUACUCUGCAUAAAAGCUCGAAAGCUAUUCUCUGUCACUGCCGAGUCUAUAGACGUGACCGACAAUCCUAAGCUCCACAGUUCCUUCAUCGUCGAGAGCAUUCACAGACAACUCAUCUCGAUCGUCACUGGUUGUAUUGCAUGUGAUCUAUUGCUCCUUGCAGCACAGAUAACUUAUCCUGCGAGCAAAGAAUGUAAGAGCUUUCAUCGAUCUCGGAUUGAUCUUACUUACCUUCGUUUUGAAUGGGAUCAACGACCUCAACCUCGAAAUGCUGUCCUUGUGCCUCCUUCUUCGGUUUCGCUCGGCGUCUAUGUGUAUAGUUCGGGCCAGGGAUGUCCAGCGAUGCCUCGGAAGGAGAUUGUGAGAAAAUGGAUGACGUCGAGGUUGACGGAUGUUCCGUGGAUACUGGCAAUGAAACAGGAACAGCAUACAGGAAUGUUCUUAUAGUCUGGAGCAAGGAGUCGGUCUCAAGAAUCUACAAGUGUCCGUGAAACCAAUUUCCAGGACGCCAUCCAGCAGCGGGAUGCACAGGAGGCUCUGGAUGAUUGUGGCCUAAAAUGCAGGAAAUCUCUUUGCUCGAGCACUGAGGUGUUCGUGACAUUCACGCCUGUGACCCAUACGUGCUCGCGUCUGAUCGCUGCUAUACCGGCAUGCC